AUGCCACAAGCGUAUCAAACGCGAACUGGUUUUGUUGGAAAUACGAUGACAAGACCAGCAUCGGCAACCGGUAAACGUGGUGGUCGGCGACCAAAGGAAUACGAAGAAUAUGAUCAUGUGACUUUGAGUGAGGAAGAACGGGAUAAGCGUGACAAAAGACGUUUGCGAAAUAAGGAAGCGGCGGCAAGAUGUCGACAAAGGCGCCUUGAUCUUAUGGGCUCACUACAGAAUCAAGUAAACCAAUUGAAGGAAGAAAAUAAAAUGAAAGAUGCAAAAAUUGCCGAAUUGCAGCUAUUGAAAAAUGAACUUAUCGCUGUGAUUCGUGAUCAUCAUUGUGUCCUGCCAGAAGCUCUCCGUCAGACGUUAGAUGUGGAUAUGUCCAGUACCCAGCAAUAUAUGCCACGUGGUGCACCGGCACCAGUAGUAACGGUACCAACUAGCACUGAAGUUGUACCUUACACACCAUCACCACCAUCACCGCAGGCAGUGCUCAGUAGUCGAAAGCGACCAGCCAGUGCAAUGAUAUCGGAUCUUAGGCAACCACCACCACAACCGGGUGCGUCAUCGCUAACAACAACUGUGCCGCUGAACAGAAAUGAUAACCAGACUAAUAAUAUACUGACAUUGACAAAGCCUUCUUCUAUGCAAAUAAAACAAGAGCCGACUUUGUUCGAUGUUAAUGGACGUGAUUUACCAGAUGAAGAGAUCAAACGUCCAACAUCAUUAACAUUUGCAGACGGUGUUACCACAACAACAGCUUAUAGUUCGUUGAGUAGUUCUGGUGUACCCAUCACAACGCCAUCAAAUUUAAUUGGUGGAGCAGCAUCCGACUUCGGUGGUGUCAAUUUAUUGGAUGGUCCAACCGGAUUGACACCUUGUCAUCCACCACAAGCAACCGCAUUUCAACUUCCAAGCAUGACAGCUCCACUUGGUGAAGGACGCAGUUUUGAAACGUUGUAAAAUUUCAUUGGUGUUGAAAUGUUAAACGGAUACUCCAGGAAAGUAAAGUUAAACGAGGUUUUCA